AUGGCGGACUGCUUGUCCUUUUUGCGGCUGUACAAUAUUGAAAAGAAAGAUGUCAUUGAAACUGAUGAAAGAAUUAUAUUUGGUGACUAUUCUUGGUCAAAAUUCACAAAUACCAAUUAUUUAAAAUAUGGUACUGGCCGUGAUGGUGCAACGAAGGAAUACUACACCUUGGCCUCCCUGGUGUUUCUACUCAAAAACGUCGACAUAAGUCAUUCAGUGUACGCUCAGAAAGCAAUUGCUGCUGGAAUACCACUUGUUUCCCGUCCCGAUAGAAAAGAUUUGCUUGCAUACCUGAAUGGUGAGACAUCUGUAUCUGCUAGCAUAGAUAAAAGUGCUCCUUUAGAACUUGGCCAGCAACAUGUCGUUCCAGCUGCUCCCUUGCCUCAAGUUAAGCGAUCUGUAGACGAAGGAACCAACUCAGACACUUUAAAGCGUGUGAAGACUGACGAAGAUGUUAAAGUAGAUAAGAAUCGUCUUGAGUCUCGCUUGGAGGCAAAUGUUAAAGAUAAAGUAGUAACAACGAAUCAACUUCGACCAUUGAGUGAAAGAAUAUCUGCGGAAAAGAUUGCUGCUCUUAAAGCUAAAAGAAUUGCUCACAAGCGUGAAACUAUUAAGGAUGACACAAUAACAGAAAUAGAACAAAGAAGUUUCGCUGAUGCAGAGGUAGAUGUUAGCAAAGAUAUUAUUAGCAAAGAAAAAGUAGUUAGAACCCGUGAAACGGUUAUGCGAUCAGCUAAAAAGUCAUUCACAAAUAUUCUGGACGUCAUAACUAACAUACAAUUAAGGGAACAAGGACGUAAUCUUAAUCAUAAUCACAAAACACCACCUCCUACGGAGCCUCCUCCAAAGAAAUCUGUUGCUCCUAUACCAUACAGUCGUUACGAUCAGGAAAGAUUUGCUGGGAAAGAAGAAACGGAAGGUUUUAAAAUCGAUACCAUGGGUACAUAUCGUGGAAUGAACUUUCAAUCUGUAACGGCUGGCGUAGCUGGAGCAAAGCGAAGGCCCGACCAUUCACAGAAAGAAAUGCCCGUGUCUGUUGCCAAGCCCCUUUCAGCUAAUCAACCUAAAUCUGGACACACAAAAAGAGAAUCGAGAACGCCUAUUAUUAUUGUACCUGCUACUGCAACAUCUACAAUUACACUUCUUAACGUGAAAGAUUUUCUACAAGAGUUCAAAUUCAUAAGUAAUGACGAGAAGAAAGCAAAAGGUGCGCAUCGUGAAAGUGAAGUGCUAGUGCAGCGUAAAAGGGAUUUAGGGAAUACUUCUGUAACUAUCCCAUUUAAAGUUAUCGACAACGUUAAUAAGCUGCAAAAGAACGAUUGGGAAAGAGUCGUUGCAGUUUUUGUACAAGGACCUACAUGGCAAUUUAAGGGUUGGCCUUGGUUACAGACUGAUAACUCGCCUGUGAAUAUCUUUGCGAAAGUGAGGGGCUUUCACCUGAAAUUUGAAGACUCCCGCAUGGACACUAAUAUUCAGAAGUGGGACGUGCAUAUAUUACAGAUUAGCCGCCAUAAACGCCAUUUAGAUCGUGCUUGUGCUUUAAGAUUUUGGGAAGUUCUCGAUAAGUUUGUAAGUAAGCAGAAUAAGUCUGGUCUUAGAUACUGA